AAGGCCGAGGGUAUGCCCGGUAUUCUAACAAUGCGGUGGACCCCGCUUCCUCCUCGCCAGUCCAUAUCCAGCCUCUCAUGCCUUGCUCCGACGGCCGACCGCACGAGCAAAGUUCGUUCGUCAUCGCCGUCUCCCUCCCUCGUUCCUUCCGUCUCUCUUCUCUGUUAUAUCUCUCUGUACCUGAGUCAGGCGGCCGGGGGCGUAAGAAAGACGGAAAGGAAGGAGAGGAGAAGAGAUGAGCAGCGCGGCGGUGGGGGCUCGGACGCGGGUGGGCAAGUUCGAGCUGGGGAGGACGCUGGGGGAGGGCACCUUCGCCAAGGUGAAGUUCGCCCGCAAUGUCCAGACCGGCGACAGCGUCGCCAUCAAGAUCCUCGACAAGGAUCAGGUCCUCCGCCACAAGAUGGUCGAACUGAUAAAAAGAGAAAUUUCUACCAUGAAGCUAAUCAAGCAUCCAAACGUUGUUCAGCUCUACGAGGUAAUGGCCAGCAAGACAAAGAUAUACAUUGUUCUGGAAUUUGUUAAUGGAGGAGAGCUCUUUGACAAAAUUGUCAAGCAUGGGAGGCUGAAAGAAGACGAAGCAAGGAGAUAUUUCCAGCAACUGAUAAAUGCUGUUGAUUAUUGUCAUAGUAGAGGUGUAUACCACAGAGACCUCAAGCCCGAAAAUCUACUUCUGGAUUCAUAUGGUAACCUUAAAGUUUCCGACUUUGGCUUGAGUGCAUUUGCACCACAAAUACGGGAGGAUGGACUACUACAUACUGCAUGUGGAACUCCAAAUUAUGUUGCACCUGAGGUGCUCAAUGAUAAAGGUUAUGAUGGUACUGCUUCUGAUAUAUGGUCUUGUGGUGUAAUUCUGUUUGUCCUUAUGGCUGGAUACUUACCCUUUGAUGAACCAAACCUCAUGGCUUUGUAUAAGAAAAUCUGUAAGGCAAAUUUUUCAUGUCCAUCGUGGUUUUCUUCUGGUGCAAAGAAAUUAGUUAAAUGUAUUCUAGACCCAAAUCCUCAUUCUCGCAUAACAAUUCCACAAAUUUUAGAAGAUGAAUGGUUUACAAAAGGGUAUAAGCCACCAUGUUUUGAACAAGGGGAAGACGUGAGCCUUGAGGAUGUUGAUGCUGUUUUCAAUGAUUCAGAGGAGCAUCUUGUAACAGAAAAGAAAGAGAAACCAGAGUCAAUGAAUGCAUUUGCACUUAUUUCAAGAUCACAAGUUUUCAAUUUGGGAAAUUUGUUUGAAAAACAGAUGGGUCUUGUCAAGCGGGAGACACGCUUUACUUCUCAGUGCCCUCCCAAUGAAAUAAUGGCUAAAAUAGAGGAAGCAGCUAAGCCUUUGGGUUUCAACGUGAGCAAACACAACUACAAGAUGAAGUUAAAAGGAGACAAAACUGGAAGGAAGGGCCAUCUAUCUGUAGCAACAGAGGUUUUUGAGGUAGCUCCUUCUCUCCACAUGGUUGAGCUGCGUAAAACUGGAGGUGACACAUUAGAGUUUCACAAGUUCUAUAAGAGCUUUUCCUCAGGACUAAAAGAUAUUGUAUGGAAGUCUGAAGCAAUCACAAAAGAGAUCAGGUAAUAUCAUGGCUUUCUCAUAGCAGCAGUACGUGCAUUGCCUACCAAAACAGGUGGCCUUAUCGGUCGUGAAAUGUACCAAUAUUGUACAUACUCUCGUGGGGUACACUUCAAAGAAAGAGUCCCUGUCAUUUGCUCAAAGAGACAGCACAUCCAUUCCUCUGAUUCCUUCAGUUGCCCAACAGAAUACGACAGGGGAGACUAACUAGCUCUCCCUUUUCUGUUGUUGUAGGUUCAAAGUUCCCUGCUACUAGUCUUCAUUGCAAAGAAUGUAUGAGGAUUGAAAAAUACAAGAUGCUUAAUAUUGUCAUGAGCAACGCUUAAUAUGUUGGAAGACUCCAGACUCUAUAAUCGUAACAUGAAUUUCCUUCUUUUUUGUUCACAA